AUGAUUUGCUUUGCACUAACAGGACUAUCUAAAGAAUUCGCAGUAAAGAACUGUCAAGACCUGAAGCUUAAAGUGCCCUCGGUCGUAUCAGGAGUCUAUUGGAUAGAUCCAGAUGGUGGUUCCCGUGGUAACGCAUUCCAGGUCUAUUGCGACCAACAGACGGAUGGUGGAGGCUGGACACUAGUUUGGAGUUAUACCUUCACAGCCUACACUAAUUUCGAUAGUAGCGCAAACGCUGUAACGCCGCGUCCAAGCUGGACAGCCAGUGGAGCUAACACUCGAGUGUCUACAACAGUUCCACUGAGUGAGACACAUUACGAGGCCAUGAACUUUCCUUUGUGGCGCACCAUUGGCAAAGAAUUCCUGGUCAAGAGCAACAUCAACAACUGGAUCGCAUGCAAGGAAGGCACUGGAGACUUGGUGCAACUGAAGGGGGGGUCAAUCACUUGUAGAGUGGUUAAACAGAUUUCAAAGCGGUGUGCUGGUGUGGUGCCGAACUUCGUCCGUUUAUACAGCAGGGGACCGAGUCUCAGCCGAGGCAGUCACUACUACUACUUCGAUGGUGACACGAGUAAUAAUUGGCCUACCCAUGAUCCAUGUGGAACAAACGGGGCAAAUCAGUUAAAAGAUGUGAGUUAUCCACAUGGAAAUAUUUUUGUUCGUUAAAAAUUAUUAGCAACCGCUCACUUCAUUAAAAACCUGCUUUCUGAAUUGUUCUGAAUUGGCAUUAAUUAAUGUAAGCGUGAACAGAAGUUUUAAAUCUAUUAAAAGAACAAUUGCUUUUAUAAGACCCAGUAAAGAAAACGGAAUGUUAUUUCGGUUUAAUUUCAUUAUUUUGAGUGCGUUUCACAGCACCAAAGGUCAUCUUGUGACGUCAUUGCGAGACGUCACAUAC